AUGCGCGUUACAACAUUCCUCACAAUCCUCACCUCUGGCCUUGCUACUGCAAGCACACUGAAUGUCACUGUCCUUGGCGCACAAAAUAAUGCCUCAACACUUGAAUGCUGGGCUCUAGAGCCUGGCUUCACGACCUCUUCUGAAGCCGGUACAUCAGGCUCGCAGAGCUUGAACCUAGGCCCUCUUGGUGGGAAGAUUGCUGGUAACUCUACAUACACAAUUAUCCCAGCGAAGUACGACGGAGGAAGACACAAUGCGCCAUUGAAGCAAUGGGUUAUCUUUCUGUCUGGUCAGGCACAUAUCACCCUUCCUAACUCCACUACUGAAGCCGUGAUCACGGGCGGAAAGAGCGGUGCCAUUUUGGCGCUGGAUACGGCGGAUGUGAGUGGCCUUGGACAUGUGACUAAAUAUCCUUCCAAUGAGUCAACGGUUGCGUUGGAGGUUCCGUUGGGUGAGGAGGGGAUUCCUGGGCAUACUGUUCUGCAUUCGGGGGCUUGCAAGGGGGUUGAGCUUUUGGACUAG